GACUUCCGGGUCUGCCCGCCGGUCCCAGCAGUCUCCGCGCGCUCUUCCGGAGUCGAGCACUGUUCCGGACACCCGGGUCGCGAGGCCCGGGUACGUGAGCGCGCGCGCCGUGCGUCCUUGGCCCGGGAGCGCGCGCGCCGGGCCGCCAGUCCCGUUCGUCGGGAGUCUGCCCAGAGCAGCCGGGAUUGGAGAACUUUGUGGCCCGCCAUGUUCUCCUUGGCGCUGCGGGCCAGGGCGGCUGGCCUCACCGCUCAGUGGGGAAGACAUACAAGGAAUUUGCAUAAGACAGCUGUGCAAAAUGGGGCCGGAGGAGCCUUAUUUGUGCAUAGAGAUACUCCUGAGAAUAACCCAGAUACUCCAUUUGAUUUCACACCAGAAAACUAUAAGAGGAUAGAGGCAAUAGUGAAAAACUACCCAGAAGGGCAUAAAGCAGCAGCUGUGCUUCCAGUCCUGGAUCUAGCCCAAAGGCAGAAUGGAUGGUUGCCCAUAUCUGCUAUGAACAAGGUGGCAGAAGUUUUACAAGUACCUCCAAUGAGAGUAUAUGAAGUAGCAACUUUUUAUACAAUGUAUAAUCGAAAGCCAGUUGGAAAGUACCACAUUCAGGUCUGCACUACUACACCUUGUAUGCUUCGAGACUCUGACAGCAUAUUGGAGACCCUUCAAAGAAAGCUUGGAAUAAAGGUUGGAGAGACUACACCUGACAAACUCUUCACUCUUAUAGAAGUGGAGUGUUUAGGGGCCUGUGUAAACGCACCAAUGGUUCAAAUAAAUGACAACUACUAUGAGGACCUAACACCCAAGGAUAUUGAAGAGAUUAUUGAUGAACUCAGAGCUGGGAAAGUUCCAAAACCUGGGCCAAGGAGUGGGCGUUUCUGUUGUGAGCCAGCUGGAGGCCUUACCUCUUUGACCGAACCACCCAAAGGACCUGGCUUUGGUGUGCAAGCAGGCCUUUAACUUAUACUCAUCUGUAAAAACUGUCACUGGAGAAAUAAAAUAUGAGCCUAUCUGCAAA